AUGUCUACACAUUCAGGUGAUUUAAUCGAUGGUUCUGAAAAGAAAGCUGAGCUCAUAAACGAUUCAAAUGAUGUUGUCACAAAGGCAGAAGAAAAAAGAUUAAUAAAAAAGCUUGAUUUAAGACUCAUUCCUUUGGUUUUAAUUAUCAAUAUCCUCGCCUUCCUAGAUAGGGUUUAUAUUGGAAACGCAAAAUUAGCCUAUUUGGAACGUGAUCUCAAUUUAAUUG